AUGUGGCCACGGGUACGAGUCAUUCGCCCUGGGACCGCGCCAGGAAAGCAUUAUCAUGGCCCGAUCGGUGGCACUUCAAGGGAAGGUGCAUUAGCGCAACUUGGCCAGGUCGUCUCGAGCGAGAAACGGCCUGUCAACGCGUGUCGGAAGGAAUUGACGGUGUCCAAGAACCAGGAUUCGUUUGCGGGGUCUGCUGACACGGCUGCCAAUCAGCCGGUUGCGAACCUGGCCGGCAUCCUUGCUAACCUGGCGGAAGUUAAGAAGAGCCCGUACGCCAUUCUGAUUUGCUGUACAGCACUCACAGCCAUGAUCCGACACGCACCGAAGAGAAACAAGUCUAAUUUCUGCAAGCUAAUCACAUUUGCCAGAGACUGCCAAACCUUCUUUAACCCCACUCAAUCCUUCCUCAACAGCACAGAGCGGUGGUUGUUAUUACGGUAG